UUUGUUGUCGGAGAAAGGAGAGAAAGGAAAGCGCGAGGAGCCGCCGCCGCCGCCGCCGCCGCCACCGCCGCCAGCGCCGCCAGCGCCGCCGUGCCGGAGUCGAAGGGACCCGGCCGCCGCCCCGCCGCGCCUCCCGCUCGCCGCCGGCUCUCUGUCCUCGGACUCACUCCAACAGCCUGUUAAAACAUGGUGGAUUACUAUGAAGUUCUAGGCGUGCAGAGACAUGCCUCAGCCGAGGAUAUUAAAAAGGCGUACCGGAAAUUGGCACUCAAGUGGCAUCCCGAUAAGAACCCUGAGAAUAAAGAAGAAGCAGAGAGAAAAUUCAAGCAAGUAGCUGAGGCGUAUGAGGUGUUAUCAGAUGCCAAAAAACGGGACAUCUAUGACAGAUACGGCAAAGAAGGGUUAAAUGGUGGAGGUGGAGGUGGAAUUCAUUUUGACACUCCGUUUGAUUUUGGCUUCACAUUCCGUAACCCAGAUGAAGUCUUCAGGGAAUUUUUUGGUGGAAGGGACCCGUUUUCAUUCGACUUUUUCGGUGUUGUAGGUGACUUCCAUUUUCAGGCUCUCCGGAUUUACACACAGGAAGAGAAGCUUCUCCACGGCUACUACAUGUAUGAAGUGACGGUACAGCCUGCUGGGGAAGACCCAUUUGAGGACUUUUUUGGGAGUCGAAGAGGCACCCGUGGAAGCAGGAACCGAGGCACAGGGUCGUUUUUCUCUGCCUUCAGUGGAUUUCCGUCUUUUGGAGGAGGGUUUUCUUCUUUUGAUACAGGAUUUACUUCCUUCCCGUCACCAGGUCACGGGGGCCUCACUUCGUUCUCUUCCACGGCAUUUGCUGGUAGUGGGAUGGGCAACUUCAAAUCUAUAUCAACUUCUACUAAAAUGGUUAAUGGCAGAAAAAUCACUACAAAGAGAAUUGUGGAGAACGGUGAAGAAAGAGUGGAAGUGGAAGAGAACGGCCAGUUAAAGUCCUUAACGAUAAAUGGAGGAGAGGCGCCUUGCCGGCGAAGUCCUCUAGUCUUGGCAUGUUUUCCAGUUACUGAUACCUUCACAGUUUUCUGCUGUUCCUGGUUUGGUUUUUCUCCUUGUCGGUUGAGCACUUUGUGUUUCCAGGGAGCAUGGCCGUCCGUCGAGGCUCAGGAGGCGUCAGUCACUCUGGUGUGGCCGAUGAGGACGCUCUCCUGGAGGAGUGCCGGCGCAGAGGUCAGAGUGCGCUGCCUGCCCAGCCCACCAGCACCAGUGGCCACUCAACGAGGCCACACAGGCCGGCCUCCCUGCCCAAACCCGAGUCUCUCCACACGCGUGAAGAGGAGGACGAGCCAGGCAACCAGCGGGCCACCAGCAGCCCCUGGGACCCCUCCGUGCUCUCUGCAGGAUUCAAAGAAGGUGGCAAGAGGAAGAAGCAGAAGCAGAGAGAGGAAUCCAAGAAGAAGAAGUCGACCAAAGGCAACCACUAGACGGACUGCAGCCUCGCUCGCGCUGCCCGAGGCGGCGCCCAGGCCGGCUCCGUGCGGUAGUGCGUGUUAGCUAGCGGCGCCUGCUUUGCCCCUGUCCCGAGACCACACCUUCUCAGCACGGGCAUGCGGAGGACGCCUCAGUUGGCGCAGGGGCGGCGGGAGACGGGAGCGACGGUCGCGGGUGGCGGAGGCAUGGGUGGUGUGGAGCCUGCCCGACUGCCCUCGCUCCUCCCGGCACUAAAUCCGAUUGCGUCUCCUCGAGUGGUUAAGGACCCAGCGCCUUCUUUGCAGCUGCUCAGCCGCGACACCAACUUGUGAGAUACUUCUAGCGUUAGGGGUGUGAGGGGUGCCGGCAGAUAACGGAGUGUGUUCUCGGAAUGACUUUCUUUCUUCGUGGCGGUAGAUUUCUGGGAGCCAGGACGUAGUUAAGGGCAGGGUGACCGAGCGGCAUCGUGCAUCGGGUCACGGCCUCCAGGGUGCUCGUCCUUCAGACCGGGGGGCGGGCUAGACCUCCAAGCAGCGCUGCAGGGUGGCCUGGCCACAUCCUGGGGGGGCCCCAGGGGUGAAUCACUUUAGAUGUAAAGUCAUUCCUUACAUUUAUCGUAGUUUUAAUCUCUAGCCUGAACUUGACUUCAAAUAUUGUUUAAUUUUUGCUAAAUCCCAUCUUUUUUUUUCUUGGACCCUUAAUUCUUCUUAGCACAUUCACAGGAUCCUACAGAAUUUUGUUGGGUAAAUGCCAUCUCUGGGUCAUAGUUUGGGUCACGCGGGGAAGAACAGAUGAGGUGUUUACACACACACUCUCGCGAGAAGAUAUGAACAAGGAGGCGGAACGAAAUGUUUCCGUCUGUAAACAUUGUCUCCUUUGCAAACAUUUUUUUUUUCCUGGCAAGAUUCUGUGCGGUUUCCGUGCUUCUGCCUUUGCAUGAUCAGCUGCUUCUUAACCCUCUGCUACUGACUGGAUCCUGCGCUGCCUUAACCUUCCCUGCGCGCGCCCUGCCCGGGCCGUUCUCCGCCUCAACACGAGCGCGUGCUCACGGGGCGCAGCGGUGAGGGCCCCGGGCAGGGCCUGGGUGGGAUCGGGGGUGCCAGGGACUUGCAUCUGCGGCCGCGUCAUGGGCGUGAGAGCCAGAAAUGAGUGCAGCCGUUGUGAUUUUAAGAUGACUGUUAGGGAGAAGUUGGCUUUGUUUGGCUUUGCUGGGGAGGUGGUGUGGACUGGGGUUGACUGCUUGUUGUGGAAAAUGUGCCCGUGAAGGCCUCAUGUAUUUUCAGUGCUGCCUUACACAAAUAAAGCGUAAACGCAA